AUGGACCACGGCUCCUGACUGUGAUGUUGUGGCCCACUCAGGUCCCAGCACCCCAUGGUGUGGGGGAAAAGUUUGCUGGUUCAGCCAGAGGGCUGGAUGGACAGCGUUUGCUGAGUCACAGAUAUCUCUCUCAUGUAGCCUUUGUCUCCACAGUGGUGACCAGGAGGCACAGAACCCAAACCUGGUAUCUCAGCUCUGUGGCGUCUUUCUUCAAAAUGAGACGAAUGAAACCAUACAUAUGCAAAUGAGCAUGGCAGUGGGACAGCAGGCCCUGCCCUUGAAGAUCAUUGCCCCCACAGCUGUGCUGGUCUCCCUCUGUGGGGUCUCAUUGAAUGGCACUGUCUUCUGGCUGCUUUGCUGUGGGGCCACGAAUCCCUACAUGGUAUACAUCCUCCACCUGGUCGCUGCUGACGUGAUCUAUCUUUGCUGCUCGGCAGUGGGGUUCUUACAGGUGACUCUGCUAACUUAUCAUGGAGUCGUGUUUUUUAUCCCUGAUUUCCUGGCCAUAUUGUCUCCCUUCUCCUUUGAGGUGUGUCUCUGUCUCCUGGUGGCCAUCAGCACAGAGCGGUGUGUGUGUGUCCUCUUCCCCCUCUGGUACAGAUGCCACCGCCCAAAAUACACAUCUAAUGUUGUCUGCACCCUCAUCUGGGGCCUGCCUUUUUGCAUCAACAUAGUAAAAUCACUUUUCCUAACUUACUGGAAACAUGUAAAGGCAUGUGUCAUAUUUCUAAAGCUUUCUGGGCUCUUCCAUGCUGCCCUUUCACUUGUGAUGUGUGUGUCCAGUCUGACUCUACUCAUUAGAUUCCUGUGCUGCUCCCAGCAGCGAAAGGCCACCAGGGUCUAUGCGGUGGUGCAGAUCUCGGCCACCAUGUUCCUGCUCUGGGCCCUACCCCUGAGCGUGGCACCCCUCAUAACAGAUUUCAAAAUGUUUGUCACCACCUCCUAUUUAAUUUCCUCGUUCCUCAUUAUAAACAGCAGCGCCAACCCUAUCAUUUAUUUCUUUGUGGGGAGCCUCAGAAAGAAAAGGCUGAAGGAACCUCUCAGAGUGAUUCUCCAACGGGCGUUAGCAGAUAAGCCAGAGGUGGGGAGGAACAAAAAGGCAGCUGGCAUCGACCCAAUGGAGCAACCAGACUCUACUCAGCAUGUGGAGACCCUUCUUCCCACGGAGCACAGGGUCGAUGUGGAAACAUAAUUUCCCACAUCUGAGCUGGGGACUUGUACACAUAGUAACCCAGCCUGUUCUGCCUCAUAAGGCUGCUGC